AAAUACUGUCCUGUCAUGUUCUCAUAAAACUGCAAGUAAACAUCUGCAAGUUAACCUCUCGUUUGCGGUAGUCACCGAAGUUUAAAAGUAAGAGAAAUCAUGUCUAUCCUCGCGUACAACGGCGGUUGCGUGGUGGCGAUGAAGGGCAAAAACUGCGUGGCGCUUGCGACCGACCACCGCUUCGGCGUUCAGGCACAAACGAUCGCGACAGAUUUUGAGAAAAUCUUCGAAAUCAACCCACACAUGUACCUCGGACUGGUCGGGCUCCAGACGGACAUCCUGACGGUGUACCAGCGGCUGCUAUUCCGCAAGAAUCUGUACGAGGUCCGCGAAAACCGUCAGAUGACGCCGGAGCGGUUCGCGGCGAUGCUGUCCAACUUCCUGUACGAGAAGCGCUUUGGACCGUACUUCAUCGAGCCGGUCAUUGCCGGGCUGGACCCCAAGACGUACGAACCGUUCAUCUGCAACAUGGAUUUGAUCGGAUGUCCAAACCUGCCGAACGAUUUCGUUGUCGCCGGAACCUGCGCGGAACAGCUGUAUGGUAUGUGCGAAACCCUGUGGAAGCCGGACCUGGAGCCGAACAGUCUGUUCGAGGUGAUCUCCCAGGCCCUAGUGAACGCGUUCGAUCGGGAUGCGAUCUCCGGUUGGGGCGCGACGGUGUACAUUAUCGAGAAGGAGAAGAUAACGGUUAAGAAACUGAAGACCCGUAUGGAUUAAGAAGGG